AUGGAGUCGAUACUGGCACGGGCCUUGGAGUAUACUCUCAAGUAUUGGCUCAAAUCAUUCACCAGAGAUCAAUUCAAGCUUCAAGGCCGCACCGCUCAGCUUUCUAAUUUAGAUAUUAAUGGGGAAGCUAUACACGCCAGUAUGGGUUUGCCUCCUGCCCUUAGUGUCACCACUGCCAAAGUUGGAAAAUUGGAGAUCAUGCUUCCGUAUGUCAGUAAUGUGCAAACGGAGCCUAUAGUUGUGCAGAUCGAUAAACUCGAUCUUGUUCUUGAAGAGAAUCCUGAUGCUGAUGUGACAAAGGGUCCAAGCAGUGCUCAGUCUCCUACGGCCUCUGGAAAAAGUAACGGUUAUGGAUUCGCUGACAAGAUUGCAGAUGGAAUGACUUUACAAGUUAAGGUGGUCAAUCUUCUUCUUGAAACUGGUGGUGGUGCUCACCGUGAAGGAGGGGCAGCCUGGGCUGCUCCACUGGCAUCUAUUACUAUACGCAACCUUGUUUUGUACACCACUAAUGAGAAUUGGAAGGUUGUAAAUCUGAAAGAAGCAAGGGACUUCUCUACUAACACAGGAUAUAUUUAUUUGUUUAAGAAACUUGAAUGGGAAGCUUUAUCAAUUGAUCUUCUGCCACAUCCUGAUAUGUUCACUGACGCUAAUUUAGCCCGUUCUGAAGAAUCAAAUCUGAGAGAUGAUGAUGGUGCAAAACGAGUUUUCUUUGGCGGAGAACGCUUUCUAGAUGGAAUUUCUGGCCAAGCACAUAUCACAGUUCAGAGAACAGCACUAAACAGUCCUCUUGGGCUUGAAGUUCAGUUGCACAUUCCAGAAGCUGUUUGUCCAGCGUUAAGUGAACCAGGGUUACGCGCUCUUCUCCGCUUUCUAACUGGAAUGUAUUUAUGCCUAAACCGAGGAGAUGUGGAUCCAAAAUCUCAGCAGUCUGCUGAAGCAGCAGGACGGUCUUUGGUCUCUGUUCUUGUGGACCAUGUGUUUCUUUGCAUUAAAGAUGCCGAAUUCCAACUGGAACUACUGAUGCAAUCACUCCUCUUUUCUCGGGCCUGUGUUUCGGACGGAGAAUCAGCCAACUAUUUGACUAAGAUUUUGAUUGGUGGACUAUUUUUAAGGGAUGCUUUUUCCCGCUCUCCUUGUGCUCUUAUCCAACCAUCUAUGAAAGCUGCUGCCGAAGACCUUGCAGUUCCUGACUUCGCCAAGAACUUUUGCCCUGUCAUAUAUCCAUUGGACAACGGGCCGUGGCAAUUAAUCCAGGAUGUACCCUUGAUCUCCUUACACUCUCUUCAGGUCAAGCCAUCCCCAAAACCCCCACACCUAUUCUCGAAGACGGUUAUCCAGUGCCAACCACUCAUGGUUCAUCUUCAGGAAGAAGCUUGUUUAAGGAUCUCUUCUUUUUUGGCUGAUGGCAUAGUUGUGAACCCCGGUGAUGUUUUGCCAGAUAAUUCCGUUAACUCUCUUCUUUUCACCCUCAAAGAGUUAGAUGUCUCUGUUCCAUUAGACAUGAGUAACUUGGAAGACUCAGCAAUCAAAGAAGAUCUUUCAACAAAAAAGAUCUUCUCUGGAGCAAGGCUGCAUAUUGAAAACUUAUCUUUUGCGGAAUCUCCUACCCUAAAAGUUCGGUUACUAAACCUGGAGAAGGAUCCUGCUUGCUUCUCUCUAUGGCCGGGACAGCCUAUUGACGCCAGCCAAAAGAAAUGGACAGCUGGAGUCUCACAUUUUAGUUUGGCUUUAGAAACAUCUCCCAACUCUACUGAACAUCAGAUCUGUCGUGGUCCGGAAAUGGGUUUAUGGAAUUGUGUUGAAGGAAAAGACGUGUCUAUAGAAGUUGCUAUGGUAUCUGCGGAUGGGAAGCCACUGAUAACUAUUCCUCCUCCUGGUGGUAUUGUUCGCGUAGGAGUCGCUUGUGAGCAGUAUAUGUCGAAUGCUUCAGUGGAGCAGUUAUUUUUUGUGCUGGACCUCUAUUCUUACUUUGGUAAGGUCAGUGAAAAGAUCUCAAUUGUUAAAGAAAGCAAACGACAGAGUACUGUUUCUUUGACUGGAGGGUUGUUGGAGAAGGUUCCUAGCGAUACUGCUGUAAAAUUAGCUUUGAAGGAUCUGCAGCUGAAGUUUCUCGAGUCUUCCUUUACUAGUACUCAGGACAUUCCACUCGUUCAGUUUCUUGGCAAAGAUCUUGUUGUGAAGGUAACUCAUAGAACCCUUGGAGGCGCUAUUGCAGUAUCUUCCAACGUAUACUGGGAAAAUAUUGAGGUAGAUUGUGUAGAUACCGAGGUACAACAAGAACAUGAGAAUAGCUGUAAUGGUCACUUAGUUGGCUGUAAUGGGUCAACUCCAUUAAGGCGUGUCUUUUGGAUUGUCAACGGAAGACAUGAUGGGCAUAGUGGCAGCACUAUUGUGACGCCUUUUCUUGACAUAAGCAUAACCAAUGUGAUUCCCCUCAGUGAAAAGGAUAUGGAGUGCCAUAGUUUAAGUAUCAUGGCUUGUAUUUCAGGCGUGCGUCUAGGAGGAGGAAUGAACUACACUGAAGCUCUUUUACAUAGAUUUGGAAUUCUGAGCCUUGAUGGUGGUCCAGGAGAGGGACUGUCUAGAGGGUUAGAGCAUUUAUCUUCUGGACCGUUGUCAAAACUUUUCAAAGCAUCUAUUGUUGAGGACAGGAAACAAGAUGGAGCUCUAGGAAGUGGGAGCGGAGAUGCUUUCGCACAUUUGGGAACGCCAGAUGAUAUUGAUGUCUCCAUUGAGUUAAGAGACUGGUUGUUUGCUUUGGAGGGCAGAGAAGGUGUGGCAGAAAGGUGGGAGUCUAUCGAGGAUGAAGAUAUUGGAAGGGAAGAAAGGUGUUGGCACACGAAUUUCCGUUCUUUCAGAGUAGUAGCCAAGAGUACACCAAAGCUUGUGGAUCCAAAUGAGACAGAGACCAAGAAUGGUGCUCGCAAAUUUCCCGUAGACUCAAUUAUUGUCAAUGUGGAAGGUCUACAGACACUGAAGCCUCAGAUGCAGAAAGAGACCAAUCCAAAUGGACAUCACGAAAAUGGUCACCUGCCUGGAGGGGUAAACAUUGAAGCUAACAUUGUGGCAUCUGAAGACAAAUCUGGUCAUGAUGACACGUUGAGCUGGGUGGCAGAAAGUCUGAAAUUCUCUGUUAAGCAACCUGUUGAAGCAGUUGUUACGAAGGACGAGCUGCAACAUCUGACAUUCUUGUGCAAAUCUGAAGUUGACUCGAUGGGUAGGAUAGUCGCAGGUGUUCUACGCGUGCUGAAGCUUGAAGAAUCUGUUGGGCAUGGUACUCUAAAUCAACUAAGCAACCUUGGAAGUGAAGGCUUUGACAAGAUGUUCUCCCCAAAAGCAAGUAGAGCAGGCACUCCCAAAAGCUCACCUUUUGGUGCAGCAUCAGAUUCAAUGAAGGAAAUUUCUUCACGUGCAGACCUGGAAUCUACCAUUUCCUCCAUUGAAGAAGCAACAGUGGAGCUAGAGGCCAAGUGUUCAGCUCUAGUUUCUGAUCUCAGCGAUUCAGAGUCUAAAACUUCGGCGAAACACAUCAACGACCUGAAGCAGAAACUCGAGAGCUUGCAGAGCUUGAUGGCUAAACUACGAACCCAAAUCUAAAAGUGAAGCAGAGAAGCUAAUUCUUUUUAUGUAUAUAGCAUAUACAGAGAUGUGAGAAUCACUACUUGAAGCGGGAAAGUUUUGUACUUUAAUUACGUUUUAAUUACGUCCAGAGACUAUAUUUGUGUAUGCAUAUGAGCAAUGCUCUGUUUUUGCAGUUGCCCAAAAGAAACUCUUUAUGAUAAAGUUUUGAGAUUUACCCAAAAAAACUCUGUUUUGUUUGUGUACGUUCUUAUGAUUGAUGUUGA